CCUUCGCCGGGAGCCGGCCUUGUGUGAGGGCUGCCCCUUAGGGCCACACUCGGAAGCUCCGCCUUCCCGUCGGUUUUUCUGGAAAGCCGUCGGUGCUCGCGUCCGUGAGGGCCGGUGUUUCACGGCAGCUGCGGCGUGUCCUCGGAGCCUUGUGCUGCCCCGGCCCGGCGAGACCCUCUUCGCGCUCGCAGGUCGGGCAGGGCGGCUAGGAAGCCGGCGAGCCGGGGUCGGAGCCCGGCUGCCGGCGUUUCGGCCCUUUCUGUCGUCCCCUUGGGCGAGCCGGCGGCCCACCGCCAUGGCCGACACGACCCCGAACGGCCCGCAAGGGGCGGGCGCCGUGCAAUUCAUGAUGACCAAUAAGCUGGACACUGCCAUGUGGCUUUCUCGCUUGUUCACAGUGUACUGCUCUGCGUUGUUUGUUCUGCCACUUCUUGGGUUGCAUGAAGCAGCCAGCUUUUACCAGCGGGCUCUGCUGGCCAACGCACUCACCAGCGCUCUGAGGCUGCACCAGCGGCUGCCGCACUUCCAGCUCAGCCGAGCGUUCCUGGCCCAGGCCUUGUUGGAGGACAGCUGCCACUACCUGUUAUAUUCCCUCAUCUUUGUCAACUCCUACCCGGUCACAAUGAGUAUUUUCCCAGUCCUGUUGUUCUCUUUGCUUCAUGCAGCCACAUACACGAGAAAGGUCCUUGAUGCAAAGGGCUCUAACAGUUUACCUCUGCUGAGAUCUGUCUUGGAUAAAUUAAGUGCUAAUCAACAAAAUAUUCUGAAAUUCAUUGCUUGUAAUGAAAUUUUCUUGAUGCCUGCUACAGUAUUUAUGCUUUUCAGUGGUCAAGGAAGUUUGCUUCAACCUUUUAUAUAUUAUAGAUUUCUUACUCUACGAUACUCCUCUAGAAGAAAUCCAUAUUGUCGCAUCUUGUUUAAUGAACUGAGGAUUGUUGUGGAACACAUAAUAAUGAAACCUGCUUGCCCGCUGUUUGUGCGAAGACUUUGUCUACAGAGCAUUGCCUUCAUAAGCAGACUGGCGCCAACAGUUGCGUAGUUUUAUAUAUAAAAUAUAUAAGCAUUAUUAGCUGCUGGUACUUCUAGGGGUUGUAAAUUCCAGGUGUGGCACUGACCUCGAUCUAAUUUACAUAAUUUACAUGAAUGCAUCUCAGUGGAAAAUAAUCGUUUUCCUGGCAUGUUAAGUCAAGCCUUUUUAAAUUUUUCUGAGAAAAAUUUGCUGUGCUAUGUAGCUCAUGGCUAAGGAAGUUUGUACUAAAUUUUUUAGAUGCUGCUGUCCCUGAAUCAUGAAGUACAUUUACUUCUGUUGUAAAAUAGCUUUAAGGUUUGUUGCAAGUUAAUUAGUAACCUGAGUUUAUAUCUGGCAUGGAAUCAUUAUGGUAAUAUGUAAACAUGAGAAUUUAGUGUACUUUGAGACAGUAUUCUUUUGCCAUUUAGUAAUUUUUGUUGGUGAUUUAUAGAAACACUUCCUACCUACUGUAUGUAAUUCCAAAUUGUUACUGAUUUGUGGGGCUGCUUUACCAGGAUAUACCAUUUUAAGUAUCUGAUGCUAGAACCUUCUAAAAUUUCAUCUCCAUAAGGACUUCUCCGGUUUCUAACAUCUAAAAAAAUGAAAAGGCUCAAUUGUAAGCCUGUUAGCCAACUAGGUAAAUAAGUGGGGUCAGCUAACCACUUUAUAUCAGCAGGCAGUAGUGACACAGCUUUCAGGAGCUCCUUGAGUAAAGCUUUCAAAUAAGAAAUCCUUUACAAAUGUGGACACAUAAGUUAUUAUAGUUUGUACAAUUACCUAGUUCAUUUUCUUGACUGCCAAUUUUCUCCAUUUCUUAGGCUUGAAUUUUCCUAGACAAAUGCAGAAGUUCAGAUGCCUUUUCAAAGGAAUGUAACUGAAUAUUGAGCAUAUAUCUGUGUCUGUUCUGAAAUAAUAAUGAUGAGUAUCCUACAGAUUGCAUACAUAUUUACUUACUAAAUCUGAUUUAACAGUAAAUGAAAAGGUUUGUAGGUAAGCUGACUGGGAAUGACGUGAGGUGGGGAGUGGUGGGUAACUAGUGUGCGUUUCAGUCUCAGUGCGUAGUGAAACUGAGGGGAAUUAAUGUAUUAUGCAGCUGUGAUUUGUAUAGUAUGUUAAAUGCUGUUUGAACUCCCAUUAACUUCUUUAUAAAAUUUAUUCUGAUGCUUAUUGCAUGAUUGGAAAUGUAUAGGAUAUUUUAUAAUUUUAAUAUAAUGUGAUGGGAUUUGUAACCAGGUUGCUUCUACCUGCAUGUAAUUUGGAUUUCUAAAAUAUAUUCCUUAGUAAUUUAUCAGUAACAUUAGUUUUUUGUUGCUGUUUUUCAACUUCCUAAUCUGUGAAAAGGUGAUAUUCUUAGGAUAGAUUAUGAGAAAGCUCUUGAUAGCUUAACUGUAACCAACUAUUUUUAUAUUUUUGUAAUAUCCACUAAAUUGGAAAAGCAGCCCUAUACAAAUGUUGUGUGUGUGUGUGUGUGUGUAGCCUCAUUAUCACUAAAUGUGUAAUACUUUUAAAAACUAACCUUUCUAGAGCAAUAAAAUGAUUAUAAUGUUAAGUAAACCUUGAUUUAUAAUGUUUUUAAAAACUAAGUCUUGAAUUACACAUUUGACAGCUGAAAGGAUAUUUAUUUUGAAGUUACUUUUCUCCCAUUUUUUAUCUUGAAAUAAUUUUACAUUUGUCGAAGAGUUUUCAAAAAUAGUAGAGUACCUAUGUACCUUUUACUAAGCUUCCUCCUGUGUUAACACCUUCAUAACCGAAGAACAUUUAUCCAAAGUACAAAAUUAACCUUGAAACAAUAUUAGUAACUAAAGUAAAAUAUUUACUUGGUUUUUACCAGUUUUUCCAAUUUUUUUUGUGUGUGUGUAGGUGUGUGCACUGAUUUUUUUUUUUUUACCAUGACCAUCUUUUGCCUCUGUAUUGAGUUUUUCUUCUUUAUUUUCAGAAUUAGUGUUGUUAAAAAAGAUUUUCCUAAAGGAAAUAGUUCAUGCUGGUUUUAACAAAAAGAUGUUUAACAUUAAAACUAUUACAGUUUCAAGCAGGGUUUAAAUCAAGGCUUUUAAUCACUAGCAGGAUUAUGUUUCUGAUAUGCUCAUGCUUGAACAAAAUGCAAAUUUGUUCCUUAAAGGAAGGCUUACUUAAUAAGUAUAAUGCGCUUAAAUUUAUGAUAAAGUAAAUUUUUUGGUAAUUUGAACAUAUUUGAUAAUUAGUUUGCAUGAACUUGUAGUUAGAAAUUCUGCAGCAUAAUUAUGUACAAGCAGCUAAUUUAGCAUCUGAAAUUAUAGUUUUAGGUGUACACCUGUCAAAUUUAAAUUAGGAAAAUACAACAACAGUACAUUACAAAUGAGUGCCGUAGGAGAAGCUGUUUUGGAUAAGUGGAGCCUCACACAGGAUUUUUAUUUAUAGAGAACAUCAAGGCAAGAUAGCAUUAAAUUGGAAGUUGUAGAACGUUCAUGGGGUUAUUGGUAAUUGAGCAUUGCAAAGCUGACAGUGGUUCUUUUCUUCCCAAGAGCGGUUGCAACGAUUCAGCUUAGGUUGGCUAAGUCUAAAACGUGAAUAUUAUUUAUCCUGAAAAAGAAAUUGAGUACAUAUAUUUAGCCCAGCAGAGAUUUGGUUUUCAAAAGUGUUUCAGAUCAGAAUUAAGUGAAGUUAAUUUUGAAGGAUUUUUGCAAAGCCCCUGAAGUAAUGCUAAGGGAUUCAGUCCAGUUACUCUAGAACCUACCCGUAUCCUAUUCUUACAGUCUACUAGCUUCAAAGAUGUCACCCAAAGUACACAGAUUUGGGGCAGAAAUGAAAACUUUCCGGAAAUUAAUCACAGUUACCUUUAUCAUCAGUAGGUGGCACUCUUUCCUCAAGGAGUCCUUCACACCCAUCCCUUUUUUUUUUUGACAUGCUAUAUUAGGUUAAAGGUCUCCAAAUAUAUUGUCAUAGAACUAAGAAGCCGAGUUUCAUGAACCUUUUAAAUGUGUAAUCAUUUAAUAUUGAACAAUAAUUAGUAGUUAUUUACUGUGACUACAUGUUUUAAAAACUGAAACAUUGGAAAGGAAUACCUUAUCCAGUACUUAUCCUGGAGUACUUUCCAGGAAAAGAGUCAGAUUUAGACCACACAGUUGGGAGUCCAUCACUCAGUUCAUUGUGUACCUGGGUUUUUGUGUUUUAUUUUAAGAGCCUAAAUCACAACAAAAUUAUAAAAUUGUUCUUUCUCUUUCAUUUUUGCAUGUGUGGAAUCAGUAAUAUUUUCAUCAUUAUGCAAAUACAUUGUAUAUACUAAUUCAGUCUCUUAAAAUUUACUUUUCACAAUAACAGAAACACUAAACUUUUUGGAUGUUGCACCAGCAGUGGUGUCUAGAUUUGAAUAUUAUUUGGGCUAUAGACACAACUGAUUUUUCUUAGCACUUCAUGGGCAUUCUCUAGCUUUAGAGUUCUUCAGAGACCAGAUGAUAUAUGCAGGCAGGCUUUCAACUUUGGUUUUUCCAGAGAUUGUUUAAAUGAGCAGUCCUCUUAAUGCACCCAGGGCAGGAAGUUAUUAUUAGAUCUGGGAUUCAGAAUAAGACAGGAAUUACCAAAAGUUGGGAAGGUUUCCUAGAGAUUAUUCUAGGAAAGGUGUAGGCCGGUGGUGGUAUUCAGGGGGCCCUUAACAAGGAGUGCAGUCCUAGUGGGGUGUUCCUUGUUAUUUGCCUCCUCUUACACUGACUUGCCUUCAGUUGGAGGUCAUGUGAGAAGAGAUAAGAUGCAGUAUUUUUUGAAUCUGCAUCUUUUUCUCAGAAACUAACAGGAAAGUGCACAUGGAGAUCAUUGUUAGAAUAUUGUUGUAUUCUCAGAGAAGGAAUGGUCCAAGAACAAUGUACAUUCCCCCCUAGCCUUCCAGUGCUACAUGUUUUAGAUAUAUAGGCUCAGCACUUUGAAACCUUUUCUUUUCUUAGCUCUUGACAGUUUGAUUCCAUAUUUACUGUUUUCCAACUCUUAGAACAGGUUUUUUUUAAACACUAGGUUUUAUCUACGUGUAUAUAUAUUUGUAAGUUGAGACCAAAUGGGCAAAGUCUUGGGCAGGCACGUUUAUGAUGCGUGUAUGUUGAAACAAAUGUGAAAGGGCCACAAAGAUUAGAAAUCGAGCUGCUUGUUUUUGUAAAUGCAUUACUUCUGGUGCUCUAUAAUGGGAUAUAUUGAACUCAAAAAUUUGUAUAUAUAGUGUGUCAGCGUUUCUAAGUUCUCAAGUGCAAUUUUAAUAUCUAGUAUUAUACAGGUUGGGGAGUUAUACUGUUUGGGCCAAUACUAUCUGGACUAUAUAAAUUUAUAAAAUAAAUUGAGAAAUUCAUCAUUCCCCUAUAUUCAAGACCAAAGCACAUAAAUGCUAAUGUAACUCAGAGGGAAAAUAGACUUCUCCUGCAUAUUUGAGGAAAUGUGAAGUCCUUUCGAAAUCUAAUCAACAUAAUCAUCAUAGCCUGCUGACACUAAGGAAAAAAGGACCUCAUUCGCUUUUUUCUUUUAUGCAGCGAUUUACUGGUCCCUACUGCUUUCUAAAUUGGAUCACUGUAGUGAAUUAUCCAUGCUGGUACCUGCGAAAGUAAGCCCUGGGAUCCAUAUUGUUCUGUGUUAUGCUUAAAUCAGCAAGGAUGAUAAAUGCGAUGGUGUGAAAUUGGAAAUAUCAAGGGCUUUCUGUGGUGAUUGAGCAAAAUAGUGUCUCCACUUGUAAUUUACUGUGACCCCUUUUCACUGUGCUUUGUCUAAUAUUUAUUUCAAUACAAAUUAAAUUGUUGUUCCUUCAUCUAUAUUAUUAUUUUAUUGAUUAUAAAAAUCAAAUUGUGUAAUAAAAAAUCUCUGGAUUGAA